CAAUGCGGAAGAUUUUUAAAGGCAAAGAAAUGAGUCUCUCUAUUGUCUCUUCUCUUUCAUUGAUUCUCAUCCAGUCCAGCCAUGGCCUACAUAUAACUUGAAUGCUUCAAUCUUUUAACUUUUCAUUGUUCUUUCCUGUCCCAACGCCCUCAUCCAACUUGUUUGAUAGAGGCGUUUUUUAUAUUUGAACCAAAAAAAAAACGAUCACUGUUUUUUCUCCUACGCAGAGGAGAGAUUAAAUCACUGUUUCCGAAUAAUUUGGAGUAAGCUUUACAAAGAAGAGAAGAAGAAUCCAAGUUUUCUCAACGAAAAUGGGGCUGAUUUCGGGGAUUUUGCUGGGGAUAAUCUUCGGGAUUUCAUUGAUGGCUGGCUGGCGUCAUAUGAUGAGGUACCGAAGCACCAAGAGAAUCGCCAAGGCAGCUGAUAUAAAAGUUCUUGGAGCUCUCAACAGGGAUGAUCUUAAGAAAAUUUGCGGCGAUAAUUUUCCUGAAUGGAUAUCUUUUCCUGUCUAUGAACAGGUGAAGUGGCUGAACAAGCAAUUGAGCAAAUUAUGGCCUUCUGUAGCAGAGGCAGCAUCGGCAGUCAUCAAAGAAUCUGUUGAACCACUCUUGGAAGAAUAUCGACCUCCAGGAAUUACUUCACUGAAGUUUAACAAAUUGUCUCUCGGCACUGUUGCUCCCAAGAUUGAAGGUGUUCGUGUUCAGAGCCUUAAGAAAGGUCAAAUCACAAUGGAUAUUGAUUUCCGGUGGGGUGGUGAUCCAAGUAUAAUUUUAGGUGUUGAAGCAGCACUUGUUGCUUCAAUACCAAUUCAGUUAAAGGAUCUUCAAGUUUUCACUGUUAUUCGUGUCAUCUUCCAGCUUGCUGAAGAGAUACCUUGUAUUUCUGCUGUAGUCGUUGCUCUCCUUUCUGAGCCCAAGCCUAGAAUUGAUUACACUCUGAAGGCUGUUGGUGGAAGCUUAACAGCAAUUCCAGGAAUUUCAGAUAUGAUUGAUGAUACUGUGAAGACAAUUGUCACAGACAUGCUUCAGUGGCCACAUAGAAUUGUUGUUCCAAUUGGUGGUAUACCAGUUGAUACAAGUGAAUUAGAGCUGAAACCGGAGGGAAGGCUGACAGUUACAGUAGUCAAAGCUAAUGAUUUGAAGAACAUGGAAAUGAUUGGAAAGUCUGAUCCUUAUGUGGUUGUAUACAUUCGACCUUUGUUCAAGGUUAAAACAAAAGUCAUCGACAACAACCUGAAUCCUGUUUGGAAUCAAACUUUUGAGUUGAUUGCAGAAGAUAGAGAGACACAGGCACUAACUGUAGAGGUUUUUGACCAGGACAUUGGGCAAGACAAGAGAUUAGGAAUUGCAAAAUUCCGUUUGAUUGAAUUGGAACCUGAGACACCAAAGGAGAUUACUCUGAAUCUUCUAUCCUCACUCGAUACACUUAAAGUAAAAGAUAAGAAGGACAGAGGAAACUGCACCAUUAAGCUUUUGUACCAUCAGUUCAACAAGGAGGAACAACUGAUUGCUUUAGAGAAAGAAAAGAGGAUCCUCGAAGAAAGAAAGAAAUUGAAAGAAGCUGGAGUUAUAGGAAGCACAAUGGAUGCACUUGAUGGAGCAGCGUCGUUGGUUGGUACCGGUAUCGGUGCUGGAGUUGGUGCUGGAGUUGGGAUUGUUGGGAGUGGCCUUGGAGCUGUUGGCAGUGGACUGAGCAAAGCCGGAAAAUUCAUGGGCAGGACCUUUACGGGGCAUUCCAGCAAGAGAAGUGGAAGCUCAACUCCGGUGAAUAGCAUCCACGAAAAUGGUGGUGCAAAGCCACUUUAACUUUCCAAUGGCGAUGCAUGUGGUUUGGGUCAUGAUUGUUUGAACCAAAACUGGCCUGUUUGAUGGAGAACUGGUUGAUAUACCAGUCUGGACAAAGGAGUUUAAUCAAUUUUUGAGUGAAUUGCUCUGAAUUGGUUGAAUCACAGAUUCAUUCUAAAAUUCAUGAUUUGGGUCUAAUCUAAAAAGUGGUUGUAAAAUGUUACUACAAUUGUUAAUCAAGCCGCUGAACUAAAUCUUGAAAUUUUAGUUAUCAUGAUAUAA